UGAGAAAGUCGAAACCGAUCGGCUAGAGUGCAUCGCGUAAUCGAAUAUAAUUCGCAACUCGCAAAGUGAAGUUAGCCACCUGCUGCAACCUGCGAACUUUACUGUGGGUACCGAGCAACUCGAAAAGAAAUAUUAUUUGUACUACCCUUAUCGCUGAAGACUAUAGUGAUAUAAAACGUUCGUGUACUAUAAAAUGUUUUGGACAGUCAUCGUUGAAAUAUAAAUAACACAAAGCGUCUGCAGACUUUUCAGAGAAAAAAAAUUGCGGUAUCAAAGAAUUUCACGAUGAAAGUUACUGUUACUACACUUACAGACGAAAUUUUCGUCAUAGAUGUUUCCGAAGAUCUGGAAUUGGAGAAUUUUAAAGCAUUCUGUGAAAUAGAAUCCGGUUUCCGAGCAAAGGACAUCAUACUGAACUUCAACGGCAAGCCACUGUUAGACGACAAGAAGUCUUUAAGGGACCACGGCGUAAACGAUGGAGAUGUCAUCGUUAUGAUUCACAUGCUGCAAUCUUCUUCCAAUCUCAACGCCAACGACGCCAGUCAAGCAUUGCCUGCAGGUUUAGCCAAUCUUGAUUUCAGUAGUAUACAAGUCCCUCCUGCAGUGGCUAGUAGCUCAAUGGCUGCGAGAAGCAAUCCCGUUGAGGAAGACCCCCGUCUAAUAAGAGAAAUGUUUCUGGCCAAACCUGAUGAGCUAGCUUUACUUAAACAAAACAACCCACGAUUGGCAGAUGCCUUGCUUAGUGGAAACCUUGAUACAUUUGCUUCUGUUCUUCGAGAACAAUUGUCGGCAAGGACUGAGCGUCAGCAACAAAGAAUAAGGAUGAUGAAUUCAGAUCCAUUUGAUACUGAAGCACAAAGAAUGAUUGCGGAGGAGAUCAGGCAGAAGAAUAUUGAAGCUAAUAUGGAAGCAGCUAUGGAGUACAAUCCGGAAACAUUUGGAACUGUUGUGAUGUUGUACAUCAAUUGUCAUGUUAACGGGUUUCCUGUAAAAGCAUUUAUUGAUUCAGGUGCUCAAACAACCAUCAUGUCAGCUGCCUGUGCAGAGAGAUGCAACAUUAUGAGACUUGUUGAUACUAGAUGGGCGGGCAUUGCUAAAGGUGUAGGUGUACAACGCAUAAUUGGCAGAAUCCAUAUGGUUCAGAUGAGAAUUGAGAAAGAUUUCUUAACAACAUCAUUCUCAGUACUUGAAGAGCAACCAAUGGAUAUGCUUCUUGGCCUGGAUAUGUUAAAAAGACACCAGUGUAACAUUGAUUUAAAACGAAAUGUGUUACGUAUUGGAACUACCGGUACUGAAACACCAUUCCUUCCAGAGUCCGAUUUGCCAGAAUGUGCCCGUUUAUCAGGAUAUUCUGAAGAUGAAAUUGUCAACCAAUCAACUCGGGCUCAUGAGGAACGUCAAAUAAAAGAAGCCCUCGAGAAAUCUAAACAAGAACUGUCAAAAAAUAAUCAACCAUCGAAAUCGACUGCAAGCGCUCAAACAUCAACAAGUGUGGGACAAUCAAAUAAUCGUACAACUGAAGCAUCUAGGAACCAACCAUCGAGACCGGGUUCCAGUUCUCAAGUGUCUACUAACUCAGGGCAAGGAAAGAGAACUGGACUCGGAAAUCCAAGCUUAACAAUUCUGCCAACAGAUUCAUUCACCGAGUCUGAUGUUGAGGAAAUUGUAGGUCUAGGAUUUACUAGAGAACAGGCAAUCGUUGAGCUGAGAAGAUUCAACGGUGAUAAGACGCAAGCAACAGUCGCACUUUUCGCUAAAUCUUUAAAGUUCUAAAAAGUCGUUUUUAUUCCAUCUAUGUGAGACUUUUACCUUCUAUAUAUCAGCAUAAUAUCCUAAACUUUUAUCAUAUUUUAUAAGUUUGUGAAGAAAAUUGUAUUACUUCUACUAAACGGGUUGGUUCAGUAGCUUCAAAAUCAAAAGACUGACUUUUAUCAACCAAUCUUUUCACAUAAUAAAUUUUGACCUCGCUAAUGGUCAAGACCAGACUAUUAGCAGUUAAAUAGUUCUCAUACUGGUAUAACUAUUUUCAUAUAUCUUGGCGGCGCAAGAUGAUCGGCGCGCUGCGCAGUGC